AUGACAACUCAAACCGAAAACCGAGUAUACAAAAACAAAAAAGGUUUACAAUUUUAUUCCAUAUAACCACUUUGGAAUAACAUUGUUUGUGUCCUUAAUAAAAAUUAUAAAACACGCUGAGACCCGUCAACUUUUAAAUAUAAAUGUGCACUUCUUAAAUAUAAAUUUAAAUGUACAGGGUGAUCCACGCAAGUAUUUCAUAGUCCAUAGUCAUGAUACUAUAACAAAACAAGAUAAGUCAACGCGCAUGUUCUUGUGA